AUGCCAACCCCCAGUGAGCUCUCUCGGGCAGAGACAUGGCGCCUGUUACUGCUAGUAGGAGCUGGAUUAAGCGUCCUCGUCAACACGUUCCAAGGUGACGGCGCGCCCUUGAUAGCCUCGGCCGCAUUGGCGAGCAUUUCCUUUGCUGUUGCCUUCAGUAUGAUCCGCUGGCUUGGUCCCGUAUUCAUCAAGGCUGGACUGAAGGGAAAGGAUAUGGCCAAGCCAAGGAAACCCGAGAUACCAGAAACCAUGGGUGCAGUAUGCGCAGUGGUAUAUUUGAUUUCUAUGAUUGUUUUCAUCCCAUUUGCUUUCUACAAAGACAUUGUGGCAGCGACUUCUGGUGGUGGGAAUCGCGAUGUAGUGAUCGGCGAUCCUCAUGUUGAGACAGGCCGCUUUUUGCAUCGGUUCCCUCACGGGAAGCUCGCUCUCUACCUGUCCGGCUUAUUGUCAUUGCAAUCAGUCGUCAUUCUUGGUAUUGGCGAUGACUUGCUUGACAUUCGCUGGCGCCACAAGGUGCUGAUCCCAGCAUUUGCCUCAAUUCCCAUGCUGAUAGUUUACUUUGUCGACUUUGGAGUCACCCAUGUGGUUGUCCCUGUUCCAUUGCAACCAUACAUUGGCGCUUUUAUUGACCUUGGAUGGCUAUACUACGUGUACAUGGCAGCAGUUGCCAUCUUUUGCCCCAAUGCAAUCAACAUGUUGGCCGGCAUCAACGGCAUUGAGGUUGCGCAGUCAUUGGUCAUAGCGAUCUUGCUGUUGUUCAACGAUGCUCUGUACCUAGCGCCCUUCACGCCAUACCCUCACCCCGCUACGGACUCGCAUCUGUUCUCCAUUUACUUUUUAUUGCCGUUCAUCGGAGUAUCAGCCGCUCUCCUCUGCCAUAAUUGGUAUCCGUCCAAAGUGUUUGUGGGUGAUACCUACUGUUAUUUCGCGGGUAUGGUAUUCGCGGUUGUGGGUAUCCUCGGCCAUUUCAGCAAGACUCUUUUGCUUCUGUUUGUACCGCAGAUCUUCAACUUUCUAUACUCGACGCCUCAACUGUUCCACAUCAUUCCUUGCCCGCGGCACCGGCUUCCAAGGUUCCAACCGUCCACAGGCCUCCUGGAUACCUCCAUGACCGAAUGGACAGUCCCGCCAUCUCCUUUGAUCGCGACUGGGUUGGACUUAUUGCACACCUUGCGGUUGAUACGCAUUGUGAAAAAUCAAGAGGGCCAGAUUGUGGAGUCCACGAACUUGACAAUUCUCAAUUUGUGGCUCGUAUGGAUGGGUCCCAUGCGAGAAGACCGACUUGCGUGGCAUAUGGUCGGGGUCCAAAUCCUAUGUGGACUGUUCGGCCUUUUCGUACGACACCGACUUGCAUUGCUGGUUUUUAAUGUUGAUAAUCGGACAUUCGAGUCAGUCGUUUAG